AAAACAUAAACGAAGAAGAAGAAGAAAGUAUCUGCGCAUGACCGGAAAUACACGUGAAGCGUCGCCAAAACUCACCAUACACGGAUCAAGAUGAGCAAACGUAAAUCUGCAGCCCUGACUGAAGCUCAGUGUGUAUCUCUGGCUCAAAAGAUUCUGCGGGACAGAUUCUGUCAUCAAAAACUUCCAGAUCGACCCGUGGGUCUGGAGUCACAGCACAGGCACUUGUUGGAGUUGUUGAGGCGUACAGCGGUUCAUGGAGAGAGUAACUCUGUACUUAUUGUUGGACCACGUGGAGCUGGUAAAACUAUGCUCUUGGGUUGUGUAUUGAGUGAGUUGAUGAAUCUGAAGGAGGUGCAGAAGAAUGUUCUCCUGGUGGAGCUCAACGGUCUGCUGCAGACAGAUGAUAAAAUCGCUCUGAAGGAAAUCACCCGACAGCUUCAUCUGGAGAAUGUUGUUGGAGAUAAAGUCUUUGGCAGUUUUGCAGAGAAUCUGGCUUUUCUUCUGGAAGCUCUGAAGAAAGGUGAUAAGAGUCGCAGUCGUCCUGUGCUGUUUAUUUUGGAUGAGUUUGAUCUGUUUGCUCAUCAUAAGAACCAGACGCUCCUCUAUAAUCUGCUGGAUGUGUCUCAGUCUGCGCAGACACCUGUGGCUGUCGUCGGCCUCACCUGUAGACUGGAUGUGUUGGAGCUCCUGGAGAAGCGAGUGAAGUCCAGAUUCUCUCACAGACAGAUUCAUCUCUUAAGCUCUUUUUCAUUCACUCAAUAUGUGGAAGCGUUCGGCUCUCAGCUCAGUUUACCUUCAGAUUUCCCAGAUCCCAAAUUCAGUGCUGAGUGGAAUCACAGUGUCACGAAAUUACGUGAGGAUAAAUCUGUGGAGGAGAUUUUGCGUCGACAGUUUAACUCCAGUAAAGACUUUCGGUCUCUGUACUCACUGCUGUUUUUAGCUGUUAGUCGUGUGUCUGUAUCUCAUUCGACUCUGCGUGAGUCUGAUCUUCUUGAAGCCAGUCGAUUGAUCACCGCUGAUCCUAAAGCAAAUAUCCUUCACGGUCUGUCUGUUCUGGAGCUGUGUCUUAUUAUCGCCAUGAAGCAUCUCAAUGACACUUAUGAUGGAGAACCGUUCAAUUUCCAAAUGGUCCAUAAUGAGUUUACGAAGUUCAUUCAGAGGAAAUCUCACUCCAUUCAUAAGUUUGAGAAGCCUGUGGUGAUGAAGGCGUUUGAGCAUCUUGUAGAGCUGGAGUUGGUGCGUUCGGUCGACAGCGCUGCGUCUAAAGUUCAGCGUGAAUAUCAGCUGAUGAAAUUAAUGCUGGAACACGGACAGGUGAUGGAAGCACUGCAGAAAUACCCACAAUGCCCUACAGAUGUCAAACAAUGGGCUCUGUCAGCAUUCGCCUAGUUCUGUAAAUCAACCCAGAAAUACUGUGUACAAAAUUGUGUAUAGUUCACUUUGCAAUAAAAGUUUAUUUAAAUACUGA